AUGAGGGUUUCGAAAGCAAAGAUGAUCUCUGUGACCGCAAUUAAGCAUUACUGCUUACUUAAAUCUGUCGAAUACAAAGUUAUUGAGUCUGAUCCGACUCGAUACUCUGGUAAAUGUAAGUCAUAUGGCGAUGGGUGCAAUUGGAGGGUUCACGCAUCUUAUAGCAAGCGAAGACAGCUUUGGGAAAUUACAAAGUACACUGGGCCUCACACGUGUUCAUCAGCAAUGAUCUCGCAGGAUCAUUCAAAGCUGGAUUCAAAUAUGAUUUGUCAUCAAAUACAAGCACUAGUCCAACAGCAGCCAAGCAUCAAUGUAUCGGUUUUAAUAGCGGAGAUCAAAAAUCGAUACGGAUACACACCGCCAUAUAGGAAAGUAUGGACAACUAAGCAAAAAGUGGUUGAAGUAGCAUUUGGCAAUUGGGAGGAGUCCUACAACGAAUUACCAAGAUGGCUAUCAGCGUUGCAACAGUUUGUUCCUGGGACAAUAGUUGAUCUUGAGACCCAGCUAGCAUACAAUGGACCUUACCUGGUACGUGAUGCUCGAAUCUUUCAUAGAGUUUUCUGGAGCUUCCCCGCCUGCGUGGAGGCUUUCAAAUAUUGCAAACCGGUCAUCCAGAUAGAUGGCACCCAUAUUUAUGGCAAAUAUAAAGGCACUUUGUUGUUGGCAAUCGCACAAGACGGUAAUAAAAAUAUCCUGCCGAUUGGUUUUGCCAUCGUGGAAGGAGAAACGUUGGGUGGAUGGACUUUCUUCUUGCGCAACUUACGUUCUAGUGUAACACCACAACAAGGAAUAUGCUUUAUAUCUGAUCGCCAUGAAUCUAUCAAAUCAGCUUUUAGAUCGCUUGGCCGUGAGAUGAGUGCUCCUCAUGCGUACCAUGUUUAUUGCAUUAGACAUAUCUCGGCCAAUUUCAUGCGUCGUUUCAGAAACAAAGAAAUGCAACGGAUAGUUGUCAAUAUUGGCAAGUUACAAGAUUAA